AGUAUAGGUAAUGUCAAACUGAUACUGCAACUCUAGUCAAUAGUGAUCUCUGUGAACGAAGAACGUCUUUCUACCAAACCCAAUCCCCAAUCGUUGAUCCAAAGUAAUUGCAAUGCGAGUGUUGGCUUUCGCCACUUUUCUUCUUCUGGCACGAUCAGCGACGAGUUGUGAUCCAUUAACGGAAAAUGUCGAAAACAUGGUUCCCGACCAAGAUACUUACGCUUUAGACGAUCAAGCCACAGUUACGUGCCUAACGAACUAUAUAUAUUCCUGGGCAGCAUCUGCAGCUGAUAACAGUGCAGUGAUCAAAUGUGGAGCUGGUGAUUCAUGGGCUCCUGAGCCCUUGGUAGAUAGUUUUAGUGGUGCUGUUGAAUGUGUUGAAUGUAAUAGUGCUGUGUCCUGUACGGACGGAACGUGCAACGCUGGAGUGUGCGAAUGUAAUGAUGGUUAUGAGAAGUCUGAUAUUAGCGAUCCAAGAUUAUGCACCCUAAUUCAGUGUCCUGCACUUACUCUCACCAAUCAAGCUGCUGAUGUCACUGGACCAUAUGACCCAACCACUGCAGUCACUGUUACGUGUAGUACAGGAUAUUUUGUCGAAGGAGCAGCUGACAAGACUGAUACAGUACAAACUGUAACAUGUAACCAAGGGGGAGCUUUUGAUAAAGACCUAGCGCCGUGUGUUGCAUGUGCUGACGGCAUAUCAGACUGUACGGACGGAACAUGCAACGCUGGAGUGUGCGAAUGUAAUGAUGGUUAUGAGAAGUCUGAUAUUAGCGAUCCAAGAUUAUGCACCCUAAUUCAGUGUCCUGCACUUACUCUCACCAAUCAAGCUGCUGAUGUCACUGGACCAUAUGACCCAACCACUACAGUCACUGUUACGUGUAGUACAGGAUAUUUUGUCGAAGGAGCAGAUGACGACACUGUUAUAGAACAAACUGUAACAUGUAACCAAGGGGGAGCUUUUAACGUAAUCCUAGCGCCGUGUGUUGCAUGUGCUGACGGCAUAUCAGACUGUACGGACGGAACAUGCAACGCUGGAGUGUGCGAAUGUAAUGAUGGUUAUGAGAAGUCUGUUAUUAGCGAUCCAAGAUUAUGCACCCUAAUUCAGUGUCCUGCACUGACUGGUCUCACCGACCAGACUGUUGAUGUCACUGGACCGUACGAUUAUAACACUCAGGUAACUGUCACGUGUGCAGAUGGAUACUAUGUCGGAGAAGUUGGUACUAAAGAUCAAACAUUAACUUGCGCUAGUUCGGGUGAUUUGGAACCAGCCCUUGAGGCGUGUGUUGAGAAUCCAGAGUGUGACGCAUUAACCACUGAUGUAAAUGUGGUUGAAAUGUCCCCCUUUAGUAGAGAUUACACUUACAGCGAUGGUACUAAAGCAACAAUCACUUGUUCUGAGAACUACAUUAUUUCCUGGGCUACAUCUAUGAAUGAUAACGAAGGGAACGUUGAAUGUGAUGCUGGUAGUUUUGUUCCUGAUCCCGUAGAUGGCUUCGCUGGUACAGUUGGCUGUGUGGCCUGUAUUGACACUGUAGAUGAAUCGAAAUGUGAACAUGGAACAUGCACAGAUGGAGUGUGCGUGUGUGAAGCCAACCAUAAGAAGUCUCUCGUUGAUCCAAGACUGUGUACUAUUAUUCAGUGCAAUGCGUUUGUUCUCUCCAAUCAAGUUGCUAGUGCGGACGGACCGUAUGAUGUAAACGCUGUGGUCACUGUCACGUGUACAGAUGGAUAUCAUGUCUCAGGAGGAUCUAACGAUGUGGAUGUACAAACAUUGACCUGUGACAACACAGGGUAUUUUGACGAAACCCUUAAGUCGUGUAUCGUGUGUGCUGACGAUAGUGAUUGUACUGAUGGAACAUGCAAUAAUAACAACAUAUGUGAAUGUGAUGCAACUAGAGGUUUCAAGCUGAAAGAAGAUGAUUUGAACGUCUGUGAGGAGGUUACUUGUCCUGAUGAUUACUGUUCAUAUGGGGGCAAGUGUUCUGUUAAAGAGCUUGAAUUGGAGUGUGACUGUCCAUUGGGAACACAAGGAGAUACAUGUGCUGAAUUCACCUCAGACCCCUGCCUCCCAGAUCCCUGUAAAAACGAUGCAACAUGUAGCCGUGUUAUGACUGACCGAACGGACUUCACUAAACAUGCGUGUACCUGUACUGAUGAUUUUAAUGGGGACAGCUGCGAAUUUGCUAACAAUUUCCAUGUUGGAGUUGGAGAGAAAGGUAUCGAAAUAAUAGAUACGAAUGUAAAUUCAGUAGAGUUUGGCGUUGUUACUGCUAGCGGAGUUGGGGCGAUGUAUAUUGCUUUAUUAACGGUGGUAGAAAUGGAUGGAAAAGAACAUAAAGUCCUUCUGCUCAAGUCUGAUGAAAGCACUCUUACGCUUAAUGUAAUCGAUAAAGAAUCUGUAAAAAUAGAGGGAUUAACUUUAGACGGUACCUCUGUAACAGCCAAGAUUCAUGUUAAUAGUGGUAAUAAACUGCAGUUAGACGUAGCUGAUAUGAGUGUUUCCACUGACCUUACUGUGAGUUUCAUAAAAUUAUUGGCGAUGGGUGGGACUGGAUGUGCUUGGAAUGAUGCCAGCUGCUCAUUUGGAACAUCUAGAAUUUUCUACCACUCAUUUGUAGGAUACUUCGGAGUUAUAUCGAUUGACGGAGAUAAGAAGACUUUCGAAGAUAUCUCAAGUAUUAGUGCCAACAAAGCAGUAGCAUCAGUGUUUGAUUGUGAUACUUUCACAUGUGGAAAUAGCGGAACUUGUGACUCUGCCUCUGGUCAAAUAACAUGUUCAUGUCCCGCGGGAUUCACAGGGUUUGACUGCGGUACCUUCAAUGGUGGUGUUUCGUUUAACGGAUACACCAGUGACUUUAUUUUUGGUGCCACCACUGUGCCGAUAAUUGAAGGAGAUCAAACUUUGUCAAUCGAUUUUGAUAAAUCUACCGAAGAGAUUGGUGAGAUGGCUAACAUAAAAGUUGGUGACUGUAACAUAGUUCUCAAAGCAGCUGGAGGAACUUCUUACAAAGUGGGGGAUACUGAGGUAAUAAUUGAAGGGAGCACAAUAACUAUGACUCUUGAUGGCGCCGAUGUGAAGAUUGGUGGAGAUGUUGUUAUGUCUUGCGCUCUGACAAAAACAGACUUGUCUGCUGAAGUUACGGCAUCACUGGGAGGUAUUGACUCAGUGGAUGGUUCAGUAACACUCCAAGACUCAAGAUACAAGGGCUGCAUCAGUAAGAUAACGGUUAACGGUAUGGAUAUCAUGCAAAUAACUGACGGCAAUGUGAACAACAACGCUGACACAACGCAGUGUAUUAGUAGCUUGAACCCUGAAGAUCCCUGUGAGGGAAAUAGUAAUCCGUGUCUGAAUAAUGGAGAGUGUAGUAUUGAGCCGGCUGACUACUCAGCUACGUGUGCUUGUACCAACGUGCCAUACACCGUCGGCGAAACUUGUACCCGACAAGCGUUUUGCACAUCCGGCCACACGUGCACCGAAAACGGCACGUGCACAGAAUUGGAUUCAAUAACAGACUGUGAAGCAGCAAAAGAGACGAAAGAGGAACUGGCUUGUGGAGAAGGAGACAGAUGGUACUACUAUUGUAGCUGUAAUGAAGGUUGGCAGGGCGACAAUUGUGACGUGGAAAUAGUAACUCCACCAGAACCAGUGAAGGAUAACAACGACACUACAACUAUAAUAGUAGUGGUGGUGGUGGUGGCUGUGGUACUGGGAGUGGUGGCUACCAUUAUCAUCGUAAAGAAGAGACGAAGCGGAGCUGGCAACGGCACCACCAACGGUAAAACUGAGGGUACAUACAGCCCCCAAGCUCAGGAAAAAGAUCUAGAAAUGUCUGGAAAGAUUGAUGAAGGUGCUGAGGAUCCAAAGAACUUAUACGAUGAUAUAGACGUUAUAAAGAACCCUAAUGCGGAAAGCGAGUCCUAAUUCUGGACAUUUGUAUGAACAAGAAUGAGGCAUGCGAGAUGAUCAAUUGAUAUAUCCAAUCAAAGAGCUGCAAAUAAAUGAGACUCUAUAAGCUACGUUGAUUUCAAUAUUUGAUUGAUUGAUUUUGAGUUGAAUGGUUUAUGAUAAUCUGAGGUAUGAUGACAUAAAGACAAGUAAUCACAUGACCCCCCGCUGCAUACACCCGCCCUCAAUCACGUGGUAAAACGAAUGUCCCACAGCGCUGAACCAGAGAAAGAGGAUCUACCCCCUCCCCCCGCUCCGGCGGACACAGCCAUCACCGUAGAGGCAUCUGCUCCAGAACUUGCGGUCGCUGAACCUGCACCCGCGGAGACACCCGCAGCUGCGGAACCAGUAGUUGCGGAACCUGCUGUCGUCGUAGAGCCAGCCGCACCGGAAGCAACAACGUCUGAGGAUCAAGUUUAGGGACCCCUAUUGGACGGUAGAAAAUAGAAUUUCAUCUACAGAGAUCUGUUUCCAGCUCGUGCGUGAGUAAAAUAAACGCAGCGAGUAAGAAGAGAACUUGUUAGGUUCUAAAAGUUCUAAUUAUGCAUGGCUUGAUUACUUCGUUAGAUGAGGCGUGUUGUUCAUGCUUUUUAUGACGUUAUAAAGAAUGUAUAAUCAGUUUUUAUACCAGAGUAAAACCGUUUUGCAGGUGUGUCCACUCCACGUGUGAUCAUGUUAUCGUGAUGACAUUUUAACAUGGUCAAUUUUAUAUUUUUUGUGUAGCACAAGCUUCGUCUGCAUCAGAUCAAUUUACGGAUUUUUAAGAUGACAAUUUAAUGUAUACUGCUAUGAUAUUAAAUAUUGAUACUGUGACUGGGUCAUUGCUAAAAGUCGAGGGUUCUAACUUACACUAAUGUAGCACCAAGACUGAUUGAAGAGGUUUAUAUGAAUGUUCUUGUUCUGUCAACAACAGUGACUUUAGAGUUAAGAGGGAUUAGUCACUUACCGUUUUUGUUGCUCUGUAUUACAGUAAAGCAAUGUUCGAUUAUUAGCUAAUUUUGAAUUUGACGUCACUGUAGCAAUAAGCACUUGUUUACCAUCACUCUGGCUAUUUAUGUCGAGGUUAUUUACUAUUAUAGGCAUUUUCCUUUUGUAGGCAUUUUCCUUCUCUCUAUCAUGUAAAAUAAUAUUCUCUUUAUAUUUUCGGGUUUCGGCACAAUAGUCUCACUUCUUUCAGGGUUAACAAUAAAUAUUUUUGUGUACAUACAACACACAGGCAUGGCAGUGUCGUUUAAAUGAAAUUCUGGAAAGUUUAUUAAUUUAUUGAAUUUUACGUGACCAGGUCGUCGCCGUCUUUCGGCAAAUAUAUUUUUAGAUAUCAGAUAAUCUUGUAGAGCGCCUAUUUCAUUUUCAAUUUGAUUCUAAAAUAAAUCUGACAAUUUACAAUUCAUUUUCUAUAAACAUUGUGUGAUUUUAAGUAUCAAUAUCAUAGCUGUCAUGGCAUGCAAAUGAGCUGAUACAAUAUUCAGUUCUUUCGAGGUCGAUCUAUGAAAACUGUAUAUCUCUAGAAAAUGUUGAUCGUAUUUUUAUUGCUGAUGAUGUCGUGUCUUGAAAUAUACUCCUGACUGACAUUAAAAAGUUACGAAUGAUGAUCCUGACAUCUGCAUCAUUUCAUUUACAAGUUAAAAAUGAAUGCACUAUAAAACAUAGUCGGAUUUGGGUUGUCUGGCUUUAUUUUGAUCAGAUUUAUUGAUGACACAGUAAUAACAUGGUUGGGUUGUCUCUUUAUUUUGAUCAGAUUUAUUACACAGUUAACUUCAAACUUAUAUAAUAA